AACUCACCAUGCCGUGUUACGCCAGGUUUCUCUUUUUACUUUUGUGUUUGAUCCUCCUCGGGGAGUGCAGGAAGCACAAAAGUAGGAAAAAGCGGUGGUCCGCGCCGGUGGAGACUCACAAGCCAGGCACUCCUCUGUCCAAGAAGGUUGCAGAUGGAACCAAAACCCGAAAGGUGAAGACCAGCCACCUUCUUCGCAUAGAUGAGCAUGACUUCACCAUGAGGCCCGCCUUUGCAGGUCCAGCUGUCCCUGUUGGAGUGGAUGUUCAGGUGGAGAGCUUGGACAGCAUAUCAGAGGUUGACAUGGACUUCACCAUGACCCUGUAUCUGAGGCACUACUGGAAGGACGAGCGACUGGCCUUCCCCAGCGCCACCAACAAGAGCAUGACCUUUGACGGGCGCCUGGUGAAGAAGAUCUGGGUGCCUGAUGUGUUUUUUGUCCACUCCAAGAGGUCUUUCAUCCAUGAUACCACCACUGACAAUAUCAUGCUGCGGGUCUUCCCUGACGGUCAUGUCCUGUACAGCCUGAGGGUUACAGUCACUGCUGCGUGCAACAUGGAUUUCAGUCGUUUCCCAUUGGACUCGCAGACAUGCACACUGGAGCUGGAGAGCUACGCUUACACAGAUGAAGACCUGAUGCUGUAUUGGAAAAGCGGUGAUGAGUCCCUGAGCACAGAUGACAGGAUUUCUCUGUCUCAGUUCCUCAUCCAGAAGUUUCACACUACCUCCAGACUGGCUUUCUACAGCAGCACAGGCUGGUACAACCGUCUGUACAUCAACUUCACUCUGCGGCGGCACAUCUUCUUUUUCCUGCUGCAGACCUACUUCCCAGCUACUCUUAUGGUCAUGCUGUCCUGGGUGUCCUUCUGGAUCGACCGCAGGGCCGUCCCUGCUAGAGUCUCAUUAGGUAUAACCACAGUACUCACCAUGUCUACCAUCAUCACUGGAGUCAACGCCUCCAUGCCCAGGGUCUCCUACAUCAAAGCUGUGGACAUUUACCUCUGGGUCAGUUUUGUCUUUGUCUUCCUGUCUGUGCUUGAAUACGCUGCCGUCAACUACCUGACAACGGUGAGGGAUGGUAAAGACCGCAAGCUCAGAGAAAAAGUCAGGGAACAGUCCCAGACACUCCCCUGCACCUGUGGCAUGUCCCACACCAGGACCAUGAUGCUGGAUGGAACAUACAGUGAGGCAGACGCCAACAGCCUGGCCGGCUACACAAGGGCCUCCAUGGCGACUGAGGAUGCAUCAGAAAAACAGGAGCGAAUGGUGGUGCAUCUCUCCCUGGACAACGAGCCCACAGGGACCAAAAAGAAGGGCAUCCGCGGCUUCCGGAUUAUCCAGAACACCCACGCCAUUGACACCUACUCUCGCAUGAUCUUCCCUGGCGCUUAUAUCCUGUUUAACCUGAUCUACUGGUGUGUGUACUGCUGAGUGUGUGCAUUUUAGCCUAAACUGUAGCAGUGAAAGAAAAAAACUGCUAAAUCUUUUCAUUGACCUGAGAAGAGAGAUACAGUUUUUUCCAUCCUGCAUCUGCAUGUAGGGGUGGACCAAGUUUGGCAGGAUAACUAAAGAAUAUCAGAUGCUUCUGGGUGUGAAUAUCUCCAAAUCUGGUUCACAUUUCACAGCUGGACUGGACCACUUAUACAGCUUCUCCUCCUUUACAUAAUUAUAUCACAAGCUCAUAUUCACCCCGAUCAUACUCCAGCAACCUCAUGGGGCUGGUUGCACAAGUUUUGCUUCCAGACUAGUCUAAUGCCAGUUGUACAAAAAUAAAAACAGACAGGUUUUAAGCCUAAGAAGGUAUCCACUAUACCCAAGGCUAUGGCAACAAUAUCAGUGUUGACUCAGCAGCUCUGCCUACUAAUAAAAGGCCCACCCCAAAACAGA